AUGGGUCUGACGAUAUCGUCUAUAUUCCAGAGACUAUUCGGAAAGAAGUGUAUGAGAAUUCUAAUGAUUGGACUUGAUGCAGCAGGCAAAACUACAAUAUUAUACAAGCUUAAGUUGGGUGAAGUUGUUACAACUAUUCCUACCAUUGGUUUCAAUGUAGAAACUGUUGAGUAUAAAAAUAUCAGUUUUACUGUAUGGGAUGUAGGUGGACAAGAUAAAAUUCGACGAUUAUGGAGACAUUAUUUCCAAAAUACACAGGGUCUUAUAUUUGUUGUAGACAGCAAUGAUCGUGAUCGUAUUGGAGAGUCAGCGGAUGAGUUGAAUAAAAUGCUCUCAGAAGAUGAACUACGUGAUGUUGUGAUACUUGUUUUUGCUAAUAAACAAGAUUUACCAAAUGCAAUGUCUAUAGCAGAAGUUUCAGAGAAGUUACGUUUACGUGAAAUUCGUAAUCGACCUUGUCAUAUACAGUCAGCUUGUGCUACUCAAGGUCAAGGACUUUUUGAAGGUUUGGACUGGUUAUCCAAUGAACUAUCUAAACGAACCUAG